CAGUUCCGAGGUAUUAGAACCAUUUAAAAGCACUCGCAAUUCUUGUCGAAACUUGUCAGUGUGUCGAUAUUGUAUCCAUUUGUUGCCGAUCAUGAGAACAAACCUCGAUCAGGACUAUGGUCAGUUCAAUAUUUCCCUCAACAUGUCCAGGAUGAAGAAAGGCACUCCGACAGUGAUGGGGACUGUUCAAAGCAGUUGCUGCUUAUACGUAUAUAUAAUUGUACCACUGGGAGGCAGGGGUCAUAUUGCCAACUCUCAUACAAUUCCGAGGUAUUAGAACCAUUUAAAAGCACUCGCGAUUCUUGUCGAACCUUGUCGGUGUGUCGAUAUUGUGUCCAUUUGUUACCGAUCAUGACAACAAUCCUCGAUCUGGACUGUGGUCAGUUCACUCUUUCGCUCAGCUUGCCCAGCCCGGUGAGCAAGUACGGCACGAAAUGGCAACAGGCUUUUUUGCAGAUCUACUGCUCGAGAGCCUUCCAGUUCCAAUGCAAACAUCCCCACUCAAAGGCCGUCCCGGUCAAAUCCCCCUCCUUCACCGCCAUAACCAUCGACAACAACAGCCCUAACAGCACCGUCAGCAUCGACCUGGCGGAGCUCAACAGUCUCGUGAAGGAAAAAGACGUUGACCGGAUUCAUAAACUCGGCGGGGUUGAAGCCGUGGCCUCCUCUCUUGAAGCCAAUCUUUCUGCCGGAAUCUCCGGUGACCCCGAGGAUUUUUCUCGGAGACAGAGGGCAUUCGGCUCUAACACUUACAAGAAGCCACCCGCUAAAGGCCUCUUGUAUUUUGUCGUGGAAGCGUUCAAGGAUCUCGCCAUACUGAUCCUCCUAGGCUGUGCAGCCCUAUCCCUCGGGUUCGGGAUCAAAGAAAACGGAAUCAGCGACGGGUGGUACGAUGGAGGAAGUAUCUUCGUGGCUUUAUUUCUUAUCAUUGCGGUAUCUUCCCACAGCAACUUUACACGGAGCAGACAGUUUGAGAAGCUCUCAAGGGUCGGCGGCAAUAUUCAGAUCGAGGUCAUCAGGAAUUCUCGGCGCCAGCAGGUCUCGAUAUUUGAUAUUGUUGUUGGUGACGUAGUUUGCUUGAAAAUCGGAGAUCAGGUUCCGGCAGAUGGGUUGUUCUUGAACGGCCAUUCAUUGCAUGUGGACGAAUCGAGCAUGACAGGGGAGGGUGAUCAUGUGGAGGUUAACCAGAGCUCAAAUCCAUUCCUUGUCUCGGGUACGGAGGUAGCUGAUGGCCAUGCAAGGAUGAUUGUCACGUCCGUGGGGAUGAACACAAUGUGGGGCGAGAUGAUGAGCUCAGUAAAUCACGAUGAGAUUGAGCAGACUCCGUUGCAGGUUCGGCUUAACAAGCUCACAUCGUUGAUUGGAAAAGUUGGCCUUGCGGUUGCUUUCCUAGUGCUUGUCGUCCUCUUGGCUCGGUAUUUCACAGGAACUACGAAAGACGAAAAUGGGAACCCGGAGUUUGUAAGGGGAGUUUCCACGGCUGGUGACAUAGUGAAUGCCGUGGUAGGGAUUGUCUCAGCAGCAGAGACUAUCCUCGUGGUGACUCUCCCAGAAGGCCUACCAUUGGCAGUCACGCUCACGCUGGCUUAUUGUAUGAAGAGGAUGAUGUCUGAUCAGGCAAUGGUGAGAAAGCUCUCUGCUUGUGAGACCAUGGGGUCCGCGACAACAAUCUGCACCGAUAAAACCGGCACCCUCACUCUGAACCAGAUGAAGGUUACAAAGUUCUGGGUUGGGGAAGAUUCUGUCACUGAUACUGGGUCCUCCUCAGUUUCUAAAAGGGUUCUCGAUUCGAUCCGGCAAGGAGUUGCUUUGAACACAACAGGCAGUGUGUUUCGGGCUUCUUCUGGAUCAGAGUUCAAGUUCUCAGGCAGUCCGACCGAGAAGGCGAUACUGUCUUGGGCAGUCCUGGAGCUGAACAUGGACAUGGAAGAGGAGAAGAAGAAAAGAACAAUUCUCCAAGUUGAGGCAUUCAAUUCACAGAAGAAGCGGAGCGGGGUCCUGCUCCGAAGCAAUGCCGAUGGUCCCAUUCAUAUACACUGGAAAGGAGCGGCAGAGAUGGUCCUGGCAAUGUGCUCGAGCUACUACGAUGCAUCAGGAGUUUUGAGAGGUUUGGAUGGUGAGGGGAUGGAGGAGAUCGAGAAUGUCAUUCAGGGCAUGGCUGCGAUGAGCCUAAGGUGCAUCGCCUUUGCUCACAAAGAAACCUCGCAGACACGGCUGGAAGAAGAUGGAUUGACGUUACUUGGACUUGUUGGAAUUGAGGAUCCGUGCCGUCCUGGGGUGAAGGGAGCGGUUGAGGCUUGCCACCAAGCUGGAGUUACCAUCAAGAUGAUUACAGGUGACAAUGUCUUCACAGCUAAGGCCAUAGCGACAGAAUGCGGGAUACUCAGCCUUGGUGAGGACGAGUCUACUGGAGCCGUUGUAGAGGGGGUUGAGUUCCGGAACUAUACCCCGGAGGAGAGGCUAGCAAAGGUUGAAAAGAUCGGAGUGAUGGCGAGAUCAUCCCCUUUCGAUAAACUUCUCAUGGUGCAAUGCUUGAAGCAGAAGGGCCACGUAGUCGCGGUCACAGGAGAUGGAACAAACGAUGCGCCAGCACUGAAAGAAGCCGAUAUUGGGCUUUCCAUGGGAAUUCAAGGCACUGGGGUGGCGAAGGAGAGCUCAGACAUCGUCAUAUUGGAUGAUAAUUUUGGCUCCGUGGCAACGGUCCUCAGGUGGGGAAGAUGCGUGUACAACAACAUCCAGAAGUUCAUACAAUUCCAGCUCACCGUAAAUGUAGCUGCCCUCGUGGUCAAUUUUGUUGCAGCGGUUUCCUCAGGCGAUGUCCUGCUAACCACGGCUCAGCAGCUGUGGGUGAACCUGAUUAUGGAUACUUUGGGUGCUCUGGCCCUGGCCACAGAGCGUCCCACCUGGGAGCUGAUGGAGAAGCCACCAGUUGGCCAGACCGCGCCGCUGAUAACAAACAUCAUGUGGCGGAACAUAGCAGCCCAAGCAGCCUACCAAAUGGCAGUCCUCCUGACCCUCCAAUUCUGGGGCGAGUCGAUCUUCAAUGUCUCCUAUGAGGUUAACCAGACCUUGAUAUUCAACACGUUCGUGCUCUGCCAGGUGUUUAACGAGUUCAACGCGAGGAAGCUCGAGAAGAAGAACGUGUUUGAGGGCAUCCACCAGAAUAAGCUAUUCAUAGGGAUCAUAUUCAUCACUAUUGUUGUGCAAGCUGUGAUGAUAUUCCUCAAGGGGUUUGCUGACACGGAGAGGUUGACAUGGGGCCAGUGGGGAGCGUGCAUCGGCAUAGGGGCUGUAUCUUGGCCAAUCGGAUUCAUCGUUAGGUUCAUUCCAGUUCCUGAGACGCCGAUAUUCAGCUACCUGAAGGUACUGAGGAAGAAGUUCAUGUCCAAGAACUAAAAAGCGGCAACAUUCACUUCCAUGCAGCAUAGAUACUUUUUUUUAUUUACUUCUUGAAGCAGCAUGUAUCAGGUUAAGGCCCAAGAUGCAUUGAUUUGUCAGAGUUAAUUGGCUUAUUCGAGAGUAUGGGGAUCAAUUUAGGUCGCAAGGAUUUUUUUCAAA